AUGGUACACGCUCAUGCGCAUCGCGAUCACCACGCUGCCCUUGAGGAGCGAAGUCUCGAGGAAAGAGAUCCCAAGAAUGAAGCCGUGACCAUCGUCUACGUGACAGCAGCUCCCACCUUUGACGGUCCUAUCGGCGGCUAUGUAACGGGCGUAGACCCGGCAGAAACGGCGACACGACCGAAUCAGGGUGUCGGCGCUCCCGUUGGACACACACGGCCUCCCGCAACCGAGGAAGAAACAACGACGGCCGAACCGAAGCCGAAAACGACCAAAGAGACGAAGCCUACGGUCACCGAAGCGGAACCCACGACCACUGAACGUACCACCAAGGCGACCAAGGCGAUCACCACCGACAACACUGAGGACAUCACCACUCCGACCACCUUCUCCACGGCCACCUCUAGCUCGACUUCGUCACUGACUAUCCCAGGUUUGGAUACUACCACUACCACCCGUGGAUCAUCGUCUCUGGAAAAAUCAGCCGCGCCAUCGGCCUCUCCAGUUGCUGCCGAUUCGAGCUCGGGACUUACCGGGGGUGCUAAAGCGGGUAUUGCAAUUGGUGUGAUUCUUGGACUUGGUUUGAUUGCGGGUUUCAUCUUCUUCUUCAUGCGCAAGAGGAAGCAAGGGCAACAAAUGGCAGCGGCCGAAGCAGUCAACGAGAAAUCCCAUGAAGCCGAUAAUAUGCUUCCCCCUGGACCUCCGCCAAAACCCCAACCGAUGACCCCAUCUGAACCUCCUCAGCUCAAUGUCCGCCCUGUCACUCAGUUUGCACCAGAUCUGACCCCUAUGGGCGCUCUCGCUCCUGGCGGGGCUGGUGCUGGUGCUGGUGCUGGUGCUACACUGGGAGUCGCUGCAGCUGGAUCGCGUAACUUGACCGGCAAUGCCUCGCCGCCCCAUACGCCACAGUCGAGCGUCAGUAGGACAGAUCCGUUCGGCGAUCCAGUGAAUCCCUUUGGCAAUCAGGCGGAAGCUCCGUCCCCGGUUGCAGCGACAGGCCCGCCGAGUCCCUCGGCGGUCCCUCUUCCCCAAUCUCCCCUGUCACCCACUGUCCCGGCACCGAGCGAUGCUGGCGUAGAAUCUGCUCUUGGAGCUGCCGUUACCGGAGCCGCAGUGGCUGGUGGUGUUGCUGCCGCUGCCGCGGCCAAACCCUCCGACAAAGACCUCCCUGGCCGCCCAGAAAGCUCAUCGUCCCAAGCGUCAUCGGUUCCCGAAGGCUCGGCUCAAAGUCCUGUAAGCGCCGUUAGCGCUGAUCCUGCACCGAUCGCCACUGCUACCGCGGUUGCUGCUGUUCCAGCGUUCGGACCCGGCGGUGCUGCAGGCCCUCCUCCUCCUCCCGGGCCAAGCAAUGUUCAUCGCGUGCAAAUGGAUUUCAAGCCUUCAAUGGAGGAUGAGUUGGAGCUGCACGCUGGUCAGCUCGUCCGGCUUCUGCACGAGUAUGACGACGGUUGGGCGCUCUGCGUCAGACUCGAUCGCUCGCAGCAAGGAGUCGUUCCCCGGUCUUGUCUUUCUGCCCGUCCCGUGAAGCCUCGAGCCCGUCCGCCUCCAGGAGCCGGUCCAGGCCCUGGCCCCCGCGGGCCGCCCCGACCGCCAAUGAUGGGACCCAACGGCCCUUGGGGGCCUCCUCCUGGACCUCCUGGACCUAUGGGGCCACCACCUCCGGGCUUCUAUCCUCAUGAUCCCCGCCCACGGUCACCCUCGGCCCCGCGCCCAAUGUCCCCGGCUCAACACCCUCAUGGCGGACCCCCGCCCCCACGCCCGUAUCCCCAGCACCCAAUGUCUCCUGCACAGUUUCCUCCCACUCCGCGAUCGUUCUCGCCAGGUCCCGGUGGCCGGCCAAUGCCGCCAAGAUCCAUGAGUCCUGGACCUUACGGACCUCCAGGACUGCAGAGACCGGAGAUGCCAGCGAGCCAGCGGAAACGUAGCAACAGUGCAGGUGGGUCAGUGGGACCUAUUCCUCGUUCAACUGGAUCACCAGGACCAAGCCCUCUGGCCGGGCCAAUGAUGCCACCUCCGUCCGGUGCCCUCCCAGCAAUUCCCACCCCGCCACCGCAGCAAGCACUGGUUCGAGAUGAUCACGCGUGA